AUGGGAGCCUUGCUGUCUAUACCGCUCCUCACCGGAGGGAUUGCUUCCAUGGGUAGUGCAAUCUUCUCGGGCUGCAUGAUUUGUAUGGGCGGGUCAGCAGCUAGCGCGAUGUGCAAGAGCUGCAACUGCAAUUCCUCGAUCGCUACCCGGAUAGGCUUUGGGCUCAUAUUCGCCCUGUCGUCUAUGCUGGCCUAUCUAUCAAAGACAGACCUGGCUAUCAAGCAGCUGGAGAAGCUCAGCUGGGACUGGAUCAAGAUGGACUGUACGGGUGGAAAAUGCUAUGGCCUCCUCGCUGUCCACCGAUUCUGCUUUGCGCUUGCUCUAUUCCACUUGACCUUAUCCGCUCUUCUCGUCGGUGUGCAGUCUACCAAGACCAAGCGAGCCGCUAUUCAGAACGGCUGGUGGGGCAUCAAGAUCAUCUUCUACUUCCUCCUCGCCUUCCUCACCUUCCUCAUCCCUAACGAAUUCUUCAUGGCCUACGGCUCCUACGUCGCCCCCAUCGGCGCCUGCCUCUUCAUCCUCAUCGGUCUCGUCCUCCUCAUCGACUUUGCCCAUACCUGGUCCGAAACCUGCCUCGAGAACUGGGAACAGUCCAACUCGAACCUCUGGCAGUUCAUCCUUGUCGGAUCGACGUUCGGGCUCUUCAUCGCGGCUAUUGCGCUCACGAUCGUCCUGUACGUCUUUUUCGCGGGCGGCGGAUGCGGCCUCAACACGUUCUUCAUCACCGCCAACUUGGUCCUUGCUGUUAUCGUCACCGUCCUCGCUGUCAGCCCGCAAGUACAGGAAGCGAACCCCAAGUCUGGUCUUACCCAGGCCAGCCUGGUCGCCGCAUACUGCACCUACUUGACUGCAUCGGCAGUCGUCAACCACUCGGGAGGCGAGAGUCACUGCAACCCCCUGCACGCAUCGGGCGGGACCAAGACCACUACCGUCGUCGCCGGUGCGCUCUUUACCUUCCUCGCUAUCGCAUACUCGACAACACGCGCCGCCACCCAAUCGAAGGCACUGGUCGGGAAGGGUCGGCGUCCUGGAGCAGGCGCGAUCUCCUUGCCGACUGAAGGAAGCGAUGAAGAUGGGGAAGUCAGGCUGGUGACGAAUCAGCCGAAAGGACGGAGGGACGAGAUGCGGUAUCAGGCUAUCUUGGCAGCGGUCAAUGCGGGGUCAUUGCCGGCUUCGGUGCUGGAUGAGCAGGAUGAUGAGGAUGAUGAGAUUGAGGCGACGAUUGGUGAGGAGAGGGAUGAUGAGAGGGGCGGAACAAAGUACAAUUACUCGUGGUUCCACAUUAUCUUCGUCAUGGCCGCGAUGUAUGUGGCGGGUCUGCUGACAGAUUGGGCAAUCAUUUCGACAUCACCCGUCGCGCAUCCCGCAGACCCUUCAGAACCCCUCGGCCUCUUGGCGUUCCUCGCGGAUGAGCCGGACGUAUAUAUCGGACGAUCAGAAUCCACCAUGUGGAUGCGGACAGUCAGUAGCUGGCUGUGUUAUGCGCUGUACUCGUGGAGCUUGAUCGGGCCGGUCGUUAUGCCUGAUCGGUUCGGGGAUGCUUGA